AUCUAUAUUGAGUUGGAUUUGCGCUACCAGCCUCCAGACGGCUCAGCUGGGACCUGGGUUGAAGAGGACUUUGUCUAUCAGAUGAAAGACAGUUCAGAGUUAAUCAUCCGCAAUCGUGGAUUUGAGGAGCUGGAGGCAGCCGAGGGACCGAGAGCGAGCGAACUGGACAGGAGAGCCACCACGCUGGGCAGGAAACUGGCGAAAGGCCUGGAGACUGAUGAGGAAGAGGAAGAGGAGGAAGAAGAUUUCUACGAUGUGUCUGAAGUGGAGGUCUCGGGCAUUGUCUUCAGCCCUGUGAAGAGCCGCUCCAGACUUUGCUCCGCACGGGAUCUCUUUGCCACUCCAACCCCGCAGAGCUUCCAGGUUGGGAUUAAUAUCAUUGAAGCGCAGAAACUGGUGGGGGUGAACAUUAACCCUUUUGUGGUAGUCAAGGUUGGAGAGGAGAAGAGGCACACGGCGACGCAGAAGUCAACAAACUGCCCCUUCUACAACGAGUACUUUUUGUUCGAGUUCCAUGAGCCAAGGGACAUUUUAUUCCACAGACUCAUAGAGAUCUCGGUUUUUCACUCAAAGAUGCCAUUCCUGGGAACAUGUAUAGGAACAUUCAAGAUGGAUGUUAUGACAGUGUACAACCAGCCAGAUCACAAGUUUUUCCAGAAGUGGGCUGUUAUCAGUGACCCCAUGGACACCCGGGCAGGCGUGAAAGGAUUUGUGAAGUGCAACAUCUCCGUCACCGCACGUGGGGACAUUGUGGGCUCCCUUCCCACCUCCUCCAGCAGCCGAGAUGAGGACAUUGAUAGGAACCUGCUGCUGCCUAAGAGAGUCCCUGCAGAGAGACCCUGGGCCAGGGUCUGCGUCAAGCUGUAUCGUGCCGAGGGCUUGCCCAGCAUGAGCGCGGGCAUCAUGGGUGGUUUCUCCAGGAUCAUAGGGGAGAAAAAGGUCUUUAUCAACCCUUACGUGCAGGUCUCGUUCUGUGGGCAGCAGGGGGAAACGUCAGUGGAGACCAAUACCACCGAGCCUGAGUGGAACGAGCGGAUCAGCUUCAUUGAGAUGUUCCCGCCUCUGGCCAGGAAGAUAAAAAUCCAGGUUCUGGAUGAUGCCAAUGUUGGUGACGUGGCCAUUGCUACACACUACAUUGACCUGCAGCAGAUCUCAGACCCUGGCAGGAAUGGCUUUAACCCCACGUUUGGCCCAGCCUGGGUGAACCUAUAUGGCUCCCCCCAGAACUCGGCUCUGCGGGACAUCCACAGGGACCUCAACGAGGGCAUGGGUGAGGGGAUCUUCUACCGUGGGCGCAUCCUCAUCGCCGUCACAGUGGAGAUCUUCAGCAGCCCCAGCGUGGCAGACAGGAAGCUUGGGGACAAGAUGAAAGGUGCCCUCGGCAAACUGAAGCUGAAGAAGAAAAGUAAGAGAUCCAGGGAGAAGGCCAAAGAACUGAGCCAGCUACAGGGAGAGGAGGAGGCUGGGGGCUCUCAGGAGGCCGAGCAGCCUGGGGAGGUCACUGUGGAGGUGGAAGAGCUUCAUCCCCUCCCUGAGAAUGCGUUGGGGAGGAAGGAGGAAUUCCUCCUCUUCCUUGCCUUCUUUGAAGCCACUAUGAUGGACUCCUCUCUCGGCUCCAAGCCUGUCAGCUUUGAAGUCUCUAUAGGAAACUAUGGCAAAGCUGAAGAGGUUGCGACCAAAGUGUGGAGAAAAGUGGAAAAGGGAGAAGUGAAAGAAGAAAAGCAGCCUUUGCUGGACCCUGGUUCAGAUGAUGAGUUGGAUGUUGAAGUCCUGGCCCCAGCUUCACCAGCACUGAACAAGUCGGUCACGAAGAGCCAGAGACCAGAGCCCAUGGAGUAUGACAGGUCCUACAGCUGCCUGCCCAUGACGCAUGAGAAGCCCUGCGUGUACGUGUGGAGCUACUGGGAGGAUCACACCUGGAGACUCUUCAUUUCCAACUGGAUCGUGAAGCUGGCAGAGCGCCUGGAGCAGGGGCUGGAUGACGUGGAGAAGCUCAUGAGAAGGCCAAAGGCUAAAGCAGAAGAGCGGCUCGGAGAGGUGCUGGAGGAAUUUGUAGCUGGAUGCAGGCAAUAUUCACUCAGCGCAGAGAGGAAAGCAAUGGCACAUCCAAACAACCUUGACAGAUGUCGGAUGAGAUACCUGAUGCGCAACAUCAUCUUGUAUGCCAAGCAAGGACUCCGUGUGAGGCGGCAGCUGACUCGAGCCAACAUCAAGGAGAAGGUUAAGGAGACAAGGAGGAUCCUGGCAAAGCUACGCUUCAUGGCUAAAGAG